AGUCUGAAGCCACUGGCAUCACUUCAAAGCUCCUGAUAAAAAGGACAUGACUCAGGGCUGACCAAGGUCCUUUCAAACAUAGUUUUGAGACGUACAGACGCUACAGUAACUCAGACGCCAGAGCCUCUCAUCUGACAAAGGAGGGUCUCUGUCAGUGGGGGUGUUCAGGAAACUUUUUUUUUCUCCAUCUAAAGCAAGACGGUGAUGCUGAUCUUCAUUUACUGGGAAUGUUGAGAUUGAAGAUCUAUCUGCAAGCCUGAACAUCUGCUCCUGCCAGGGAGUCAAAAUCGGGAAAGACACACACCUGAGAGCAAAGAUCUUUCCUGUUUGUCCAAAAAGAACCAUGAGAGUUCUCCUCCUGCUCUGCCUGCUGUCUUUCGGCAAAACAAAACCAUACCAGCCUGUCAACGUCAUGGAUUUGAUGAAAAACCACGACAUCAUGAUAGCAGAUUCUGAUGAGGACGAUGACGAAGAAGAUGACGAUUAUGACGAUGAGGACUGUCCAGCAAACUGUCGUUGUUCACCUCAAGUGGUCCAGUGUUCUGACCAAGGUCUGAUAUCUGUUCCUGAGAAGAUUCCUGAAGAUACCAUGAUGAUCGAUCUUCAAAACAACGACAUUACUGAGAUCAAGGAGGACGACUUUAAAGGCCUGCACAAGCUUUAUGGCCUGUUUUUGAUCAACAACAGGAUCUCUAAAGUUCACCCAAAUGCCUUCAAGAACAUGGACCAUCUAAGACUGUUGUACCUGUCCUACAACCUGCUGACUGAGAUUCCUGCAAAUCUACCUCCCAACGUCAUAGAGCUUCGAUUUUAUGAGAACAACAUCAACAGAAUCCAGAAGAACGCAUUUGAUGGCUUGAGGAAACUGCAUGUGUUAGAGCUGGGAGCUAACCCUUUGGCCAACAGUGGAAUUGAGGUUGGAGCCUUUAAUGGUUUGUCCACUCUCUACAUCGGUAUAGCAGAGGCUAAACUAACAUCUGUGCCAAAAGACCUCCCAUCAUCCAUUAAAGAGUUGAGUCUGGACUACAACAAGAUAGCAAAGGUGGAAGUGGAAGACUUCAUUAGAUAUAAAAACCUCCAGAGAUUAGGCUUGGCAUUUAACCAGAUCAAGUUUGUGGAAAACGGCAGCUUAAUCCGCAUCCCGAAUAUCCAUGAGAUCCAUUUGGACCAUAACCGUCUGAAAAAGGUCCCACCUGGCCUCAACAGCCUACGCUACCUCCAGGUGAUCUUUCUUCAUAAUAACAAAAUCAGCUAUGUGGGAAUGAACGACUUCUGUCCCAGCUCGACAGGUGGGAAGAAGAACCCGUACACAGGCAUCAGCCUGUUUGCCAACCCUGUUAAAUACUGGAACAUACAACCAGCUAUCUUUCGCUGUGUGACUGGACGGCGGGCUGUACAUCUGGGCAAUUUUAGAAAGAAAUAGGGAAAUGUAUGCACAGAGACGCACCUGUGACAUUCACCGUGACAGAAUAAGGAAAGAGCUUAAUCCAUCAUCAGUCACAAUUUAGGAUGGGGAUGUAUUAUUUUGACUGAUAGCUUGUGUUUAGAAAAGAUUUUCCUCAACUGUUCUUGGGAUAUGAUACAUUUGCAUUAGAGUUAUGUAUAUUCAUAAUUAUUGGGUAUGCUAUUGAAUGCAAGCCAAUUUAUAUUAAUAGUUGUUUUUGUCAGGGAAUAACAGACAAGGAAAAAAAUCAUGAGUGCCAAGGUUUAUGCAGCUACAAACAGCAAAUAAGCGAAGGGAAAAAACAGCAUUAUUAUUCAAAUUGAAAAUCACAGCCAGUGCUGUCAACUCUGAAAAAAGUAACCCAUGUUUUACAUCUCAGCUGUUGUUUCCUUGAAAGAAAUGCAAUGCCCCAUGUCGGUAAUUAGCAUGAUAAGACGACUUCGUAACUUUACUCUUGACAGAGAUGCUAUUUUGGUUUACUCCAGUCCAGGUUUAAAGUAAGAUCAGGUAUUAUUUAAUCUAGUUUGGAAGAAAACUGAUCAUUUUCUUCUCUUGACAGCUAUAAACAAACUUUUGUAACUUGUUAUAUUUUAUGUUUAGUUUUCUUUAGGCAGAAAAGAUCAGAUUACCAUUGAUGAAUUUCGACAGACUAGGACUUUUCAAAAUCUUCCUGGUUUCAACCCUUCACAUAGAAUAUCAAAUCAGACACUGAACAUGUUAUAAUAAAUUCAAUUAUGCGCUAAUGUAAAUGUGGCCUCUGCAGGGCUGAGGUCAGACUGUAUAACAGUUCAAUUUAAUAUAAACACUCCUGUUUCAGUUUUCCUAAUUGCUGAGUUAUUUUCUGUGUUACGAACUUUCCCUUCUCCGCGGUUAUUAACCCUGAAAUGGUGCUAUAUUUAUUCAAGUUUUCCUAAUAAAUCCAUAAUGCCUCAAUAA